GAGGCGGAGGAAAGGGCAGAAGCUGCCAUUGACCCAGGGGGAGAUACCAUCACCGGCAACCCACCCACCAGUCAACAUGUAGACGAAGAGGGAGGCGGGCAGAUGCCAGGCAAUGAGGUUGAAGGAGAUGAUCCGCCAGUCAAUGAGCUGGAGCCAGGAGAGGAGAUAAGUGAGCUUAGGCGGAGCUUGCAGGCAUCUGGGGGUGUGUCCCAGGAUGAGGUGGGGGAGGAGCCAAGGGCAGCGGGGGAUGCAGGAUCUGUGGAUUCAGAUGUAGUUGCCACGGAGACAGAUGGAGAGGACGGUAUGUAACUACCACCUUUAAAAUAUAUAUUUUUUUACGGUCUGAUGUAUACCUGGUAUUUACUUCUAAAUUACAUUCUGAAAUGAUAAUCACAUUUUAAUUCCCUUGAAAUUACUAUUUUACUUCCUUGGGAUUCAUUAAAACAUCCACAUACUCCCCUACCUGGAACAAUCAUUAAUAUAAUUCCCUCAUUCAUCCAGUUAUGUAGCAACUAAUAGUGAAUUACAAUAAAACUAUAAAAAGGCUCAUGUGUUCUUCUUUUACUGAUUAUUGUGUAUGCUCAGGUGCUCAAGUGAACGGUCACCCCGUGCACUCGCUCCCCACAGUGCGCCAUGACAUCCACCGAUACCAACGAGUGGACGAACCCUUACCUCCUAGUAAGUGUCCUCCUGUACAUACUACAUCUGUUUUGUAUUUGAGGUGAAGGAAGAUGACAAAAGAGAGAGAAAGAAAGCUGCUUGAUAUACACUGCUCAAAAAAAUAAAGUGAACACUUAAACAACACAAUGUAACUCCAAGUCAAUCACACUUCUGUGAAAUCAAACUGUCCACUUAGGAAGCAACACUGAUUGACAAUACAUUUCACAUGCUGUUGUGCAAAUGGAAUAGACAACAGGUGGAAAUUAUAGGCAAUUAGCAAAACACCCCCAAUAAAGGACUGGUUUUGCAGGUGGUGACCACAGACCACUUCUCAGUUCCUAUGCUUCCUGGCUGAUGUUUUGGUCACUUUUGAAUGCUGGUGGUGCUUUCACUCUAGUGGUAGCAUGAGACGGAGUCUACAACCCACACAAGUGGCUCAGGUAGUGCAUAUCAUCCAGGAUGGCACAUCAAUGCAAGAAGGUUUGCUGUGUCUGUCAGCGUAGUGUCCAGAGCAUGGAGGCGCUACCAGGAGACAGGCCAGUACAUCAGGAGACGUGGAGGAGGCCGUAGGAGGGCAACAACCCAGCAGCAGGAUUGCUACCUCCGCCUUUGUGCAAGGAGGAGCUGGAGGAGCACUGCCAGAGCCCUGCAAAAUGACCUCCAGCAGGCCACAAAUGUGCAUGUGUCUGCUCAAACGGUCAGAAACAGACUCCAUGAGGGUGGUAUGAGGGCCCGACGUCCACAGGUGGGGGUUGUGCUUACAGCCCAACACCGUGCAGGACGUUUGGCAUUUGCCAGAGAACACCAAGAUUGGCAAAUUCGCCACUGGCGCCCUGUGCUCUUCACAGAUGAAAGCAGGUUCACACUGAGCACAUGUGACAGACAUGACAGAGUCUGGAGACGCCGUGGAGAACGUUCUGCUGCCUGCAACAUCCUCCAGCAUGACCGGUUUGGCGGUGGGUCAGUCAUGGUGUGGGGUGGCAUUUCUUUGGGGGGGCGCACAGUCCUCCAUGUGCUCGCCAAAGGUAGCCUGACUGCCAUUAGGUACCGAGAUGACAUCCUCAGACCCCUUGUGAGACCAUAUGCUGGUGCGGUUGGCCCUGGGUUCCUCCUAAUGCAAGACAAUGCUAGACCUCAUGUGGCUGGAGUGUGUCAGCAGUUCCUGCAAGAGGAAGGCAUUGAUGCUAUGGACCGCCCAUUCCCCAGACCUGAAUCCAAUUGAGCACAUCUGGGACAUCAUGUCUCGCUCCAUCCACCAACGCCACGUUGCACCACAGACUGUCCAGGAGUUGGCGGAUGCUUUAGUCCAGGUCUGGGAGGAGAUCCCUCAGGAGACCAUCCGCCACCUCAUCAGGAGCAUGCCCAGGCGUUGUAGGGAGGUCAUACAGGCACGUGGAGGCCACACACACUACUGAGCCUCAUUUUGACUUGUUUUAAGGACAUUACAUCAAAGUUGGAUCAGCCUGUAGUGGGGUUUUCCACUUUAAUUUUGAGGGUGACUCCAAAUCCAGACCUCCAUGGUUUGAUACAUUUGAUUUCCAUUGAUAAUUUUUGUGUGAUUUUGUUGUCAGCACAUUCAACUAUGUAAAGAAAAAAGUAUUUAAUAAGAUUAUUGAAUUCAUUCAGAUCUAGGAUGUGUUAUUUUAGUGUUCCCUUUAUUUUUUUGAGCAGUGUAGUAUGUGUAUUUGUCUCGAUAUAGUUUUUUUUUGUAUCUGUGCCAUAUAUGCUUCUGUGACAACAUUUGCAAUAAGUGUUAAAUAAAAAAGUUGUCAAUUUCUUCUUCUACGGUAAACAGAAAGUGUGCAUACUGCCACCUGGAGUGUGUUGUCUGAACAGGUAUAAAGCCAAGAUUUGUGAUUUACUGCCGCCUGCAGUUAUAAAAUGUUUGCUCAGGAGUAUAAUUAAUUGGCUGAUCUCUCCUUAUGACCUGGAUGGAAUUAUGUGAUCUUUCCAUAACCCAUACAGUAGGAACUCCCACCGAGUUCACUACUUCAAAAUGGUGGAAGUCCUCAAUGGCGCUGCCCAUGCUAAAACACACUUUGGGGCACUAGAGCUGUCUAUCUUAGUCUAUGAUUUGGCCCACGUUUCUAAGUGCUAUGUACACAAUGUUAUACUAUUUGACAUAAUGUGUGUUUAUGUUAUUUCAAGAUGCCAUGGUUGGAUGUCAGAAUUCAUCCGUACAUGUCAACCAUGUGUGAAUUCAGUUUGACUGCGACUGUGGGUGCAUCCCAAAUGGCACCCUAUUCCCUAUGGGCCCUUGUUAAAAGUAAUGCACUAAAAAGGAAAUGGGGUGCCAUUUGGGACGUGGGCUGUGUCUUAAAUGUAAAGUGUGUGUUUGCAAAUGUACAGCGACGUGUUUGUUCUCCUUACAGAUUGGGAGGCGAGGAUCGAUAGUCACGGUCGUAUUUUCUUUGUGGAUCAUGUGAAUCGGACCACCACGUGGCAGCGCCCCACCGGACCCCCCGCCCCCCAGGGCCUGACCCGCUCCAACUCCAUUCAACAGAUGGAGCAGCUCAACCGCAGGUCUGUGUCAUGUAGAGAGAUACACAGGCAAAAACACAUAUGUACACACACACACAUAGACAUACGCUCAUAAACAUAUACACUCACACACUCGCACACAUACAGUAUAUGUACGUACAUAUACACACAUACAAACACACCCUCUCUCUCACACACAUACAGUGCCUUGCAAAAGUAUUCAGCCCCCUUGGUGUUUUUCCUAUUUUGUUGCAUUACAACCUGUAAUUUAAAUUGAAUUUUAUUUGGAUUUCAUGUAAUGGACAUAAACAAAAUAGUCCAAAUUGGUGAAAUGAAAUGAAAAAAAUAACUUGUUUAAAAAAAUUCUAAAAAAUUAAUAACGAAAAAGUGGUGCGUGCAUAUAUAUUCACCCCUUUGCUGUGAAGACCCUAAAUAAGAUCUGGUGCAACCAAUUACCUUCAGAAGUCACAUAAUUAGUUAAAUAAAGUCCACCUGUGUGCAAUCUAAGUGUCACAUGAUCUGUCACAUGAUCUCAGUGUAUAUACACCUGUUCUGAAAGGCCCCAGAGUCUGCAACACCACUAAGCAAGGGGCACCACCAAGCAAGCGGCACCAUGAAGACCAAGGAGCUCUCCAAACAGGUCAGGGACAAAGUUGUGGAGAAGUACAGAUCAGGGUUGGGUUAUAUUUAAAUCCAUUAUAAAAAAAGGAAAGAAUAUGGCCUACCAAAACUCACGGACCAGGCAAGGAGGGCAUUAAUCAGAGAGGCAACAAAGAUACCAAAGAUAACCCUGAAGGAGCUGCAAAGCUCCACAGCGGAGAAUGGAGUAUCUGUCCAUAGGACCACUUUAUGCCGUACACUCCACAGAGCUGGGCUUUACGGAAGAGUGGCCAGAAAAAAGCCAUUGCUUAAAGAAAAAAAUAAGCAAACACGUUUGGUGUUCGCCAAAAGGCAUGUGGGAGUACUCCCCAAACAUAUGGAAGAAGGUACUCUGUUCAGAUGAGACUAAAAUUGAGCUUUUUGGCCAUCAAGGAAAACGCUAUGUCUGGCGCAAACCCAACACCUCUCAUCACCCCGAAAACACCAUCCAAGCAUUGUGGUGGCAGCAUCCUGCUGUGGGGAUGUUUUUCAUCAGCAGGGACUGGGAAACUGGUCAGAAUUGAAGGAAUGAUGGAUGGCGCUACAUACAGGGAAAUUCUUGAGGGAAACCUGUUUCAGUCUUCCAGAGAUUUGAGACUGGGACGGAGGUUCACCUUCCAGCAGGACAAUGACUCUAAGCAUACUGUUAAAGCAACACUCGAGUGGUUUUAAGGGGAAACAUUUAAAUAUCUUGGAAUGGCCUAGUCAAAGCCCAGACCUUAAUCCAAUUGUGGUAUGACUUAAAGAUUGCUGUACACCAGCGGAACCCAUCCAACUUGAAGGAGCUGGAGCAGUUUUGCCUUGAAGAAUGUUCAAAAAAUCCCAGUGGCUAGAUGUGCCAAUUUUAUAGAGACAUACCCCAAGAGACUCGCAGCUGUAAUUGCUGCAAAAGGUGGCUCUACAAAGUAUUGAAUUUGGGGGGGGUGAAUAGUUAUGCACGCUCAAGUUGUCUGUUUUUUUGUCUUGUUUCUUGUUUGUUUCACACACAAAAAAGAUUUUGUAUCUUCAAAGUGGUAGGCAUGUUGUGUAAAUCAAAUGAUAUAAACCCCCAAAAAAUCCAUUUUAAUUCCAGGUUGUAAGGCAACAAAAUCUGAAAAAUACCAAGGGGGGUGAAUACUUUCGCAAGCCACUGUACGCUCACACACACACUCACAUGCACACAUACUUUUGUAACUUCAGUCCUCUGCAUUUCCUCUUCUCACCGUAACCCUUCACACCCCUUCCUCUCUCUUUUUCUCUCUCUCUCUCUAUCUAUCUCUCGAUCAGGUAUCAGAGCAUAAGGAGGACGAUGACCAGUGAGAGGUCCGAGGAGAACACAGUUGACCUCCCGCCAGAGCCCACAGAGAGUGACCUUCUGCCCCAGACCAUCCCUGGUGUGCUAGUAUAGUCACACACACACACACACACACACACACACACACACACACACACACACACACACACACACACACACACACACACACACACACACACACACACACACACACACACACACACACACACACACACACACACACACACACACACACACACACACAGGGCUCUAAAGUACAUAUCUCCUGAGUGGCGCAGUGGUCUAAGGCACUGCAUCGCAGUGCUAACUGUGCCACUAGAUCCUGGUUCGAAUCCAGGCUCUGUCGCAGCCGGCCGCGACCGGGAGACUCAUGGGCGGCGCACAAUUGGCCCAGCGUCGUCCAGGGUAGGGGAGGGAAUGGCCGGCAGGGAUGUAGCUCAGUUGAUAGAGCAUGGCGUUUGCAACGCCAGGGUUGUGGGUUCGUUUCCCACGGGGGGCCAGUAUUUAAAAAAAUAUGUAUUCACAUAAGCUCUGGAUAAGCGCGUCUGCUAAAUGACUAAAAUGUAAAUGUAAAUGUAAAGUGCGACCAGUUUGGUCGCAGAUGCAACAAAAUAUUUUGCUGUGCGAUCUGGAGUUUUAAUUUGGGAGCGUCAUGUUUGCAAUAUUACUACAGCGAAAACUGCUUGUUUCUAGCCGAAACACAACUUCUUUUUCUUCCUGUCACGGAUUGGGGGGGCGCAUUUUACAUUCAUAAACCAUGUCGCGGGCAGUUCUAAAACAUCUUGCGGUCCGCAUUUGUUUUACACCUUGUUUGUUCAUGUAGCUAGCUAGCUAACAACCUGGUAACUUUACCAGUAUAUCCAAACAUUUGGGGGCACAAAAAAUAAAAAAAAAGGGGGAUAGCUUCUUCAGGAGAUCAAUAAUCAUAGUAAUGAAUGAAUGACAUAUCUUGCAUGUCGUCAUCAAAAACGUAACGCUCUUAAUAGAACUGCUGGACCUCGAGGGACCCCCCUUUAAGCUAAUGAGUGACUAUGAGGUUAAAGUAGUGCAGACUGUCAGCUUUAAUUUGAGGGUAUUGUCAUCCAUAUCGGGUGAACCGUUUAGAAAUUACAGCACUGUUUGUACAUAGUCCCCCCAUUUUAGGGGACCAAAAGUAUUGGGACAAAUUCACUUUUGUGUAUUAAAGUAGUCAAAACUUUAGUAUUUGGUCCCAUAUUCCUAGCACGCAACGAUUACAUCAAGCUUGUGACUCUACAAACUUGUUGGAUGCAUUUGCUGUUUGUUUUGGAUGUGUUUCAGAUCAUUUUCUGUCCAAUAGAAAUGAAUGGUAAAUAAUGUGUUGUCAUUUUGAAGUCACUUUUAUUGAAAAUAAGAAUUAAUGUGGAUUCCACCAUGAUUACGGAUAGUCCUGAAUUAAUCAUCAAUAAUGAUUGAGAAAGUUACAGAUGUACAAAUAUCAUACCCCCCAAAAGAUGCUAACCUUCCCUGUUAUUAUAAUGGUGAGAGGUUAGCAUGUCUUGGGGGGUAUGAUAUUUGUGCUUCUGCAACUUUCUCACAUUUAUUUAACCUGUUGUUAUAUGUGUGAAAUCAGUUUCGGUGUAGUUUAGGUUCAACUGGGCAUGGCACUUUCAACUGUCAGGGGAAGGAGGGGAGCAGGACCUACUGUCGGAAGAAGGCGGGGCAAGGGGGGAAAACCAUUCAAAAAACAACGUGCCCUCCUAAAACUGGUUAUAACUCCAGUUAAGUUUGUGAUAUUAAGAUUCUAACAAGUGUGUUAUAUAGACUUAUUUAGGAAAAGUCAAGGAUGGAGGAGGGCAUGAGUUUUAAAAUGGCAGAGUAAUACUUUAAACAAAAAUCAUGAGCAGUCCAAAUGACUGCUUCAGCGGUUCUAGUGUAAAAGGGAUAGUUCAGCCAAAUUACAUAUUGGUUUCCUUACCCUGCAAGCAGUCUAUGGACAAAGUGCCUGGGAAACUAAAACAAAGCAUAUAUUGCUGUCAUACCUUGUCCAUUGACUGAUUACAGGGUAAGGAAACAAGUGUCAUUUUGUAAUUUGGGUUACUAUCCCUUUAAAGAGAGUGUACAAUUUUCAAUGUAAUACAUCUCAAUAGGAAAAUAGCGCUUUUACAUAAUGUAAACAUAUAUUCUACAAAAUACUUUUUAAUUUCAUUGACAGGUAUUUGUAUAAAAAUAAAUAAAAAAUAAAUAAAACAUUUUAGCUUUUUAUAAUAAACAUGUAUUUACAGGGUUACAUAUUCAUUUCUAGGGCACAACAUGUGCUUCAGACUUAGCUAGAAUUCAUAUUGGCUAUAUCUCAAUCAAUUUAUUUGUAUUUUUAUUCAAAGCACUAGCACACACACACACAAACAUACACCCACACACACACACACACACAGUCUUGUAUAACUAACCUUGUGGGGGCACACAUUUCAGUCCCAUUCAAAAUCCUAUUUUCCCUAACACUAACCUUAACCCCAAAAUGUCCCCAGUUGGUCAAAUACUUUUUCAUCUACCAUUCUACACACACACAUCCUUCCCAACAUCUAUUCUACUCUUACAGUGUGUGUUUUGUCUGUCGUAGAGUACAGGAGAGAGAGUGCGGUGGGUCACUCCAGCUCCCGGUCUCGUCUCUCUCUGCUGCUCCAGUCCCCCAGCGCAAAGUUCCUGUGCAGCCCAGACUUCUUCACCGUGCUGCAUUCUAACCCUGUGAGUCUGGCUGCACAGGCCCUCAACCCUCACCUUCUUAUGGUCACCUUUGAUCCCUCAGCUCUCACUUAUCACGUCAUAUCUCUCAGUAGUUAACGAUUUGCAAAAGUGUGCUUACCACUUUUUGGAAUUAAAUGCUGUUUUCAAAUUGACAUGAAAUGUGGCCUUCAUCAGGUUAAUUGAAAUAGAACUAUGAGGUAUGGUAUCUGGGAUUUAAUUUCCCAUUAUGAGUCAUCAUUCUUCUCUUAAUCUGUGUUUUAUCAAAAUAAUGACAACCCCAUUUACAGAAGAGCCCGGCAUUUCACAUGUCCCUCUUUGAUGACCUCAUCAGUCUGUUCCCUCCUUCCCUCCCUCCCUCCCUCAGAGUGCCUACCGCAUGUUUACGAGCAACACUUGCCUGAAGCACAUGAUCAGUAAGGUGCGUCGGGACGCCCACCACUAUGAGCGCUACCAGCACAACAGGGACCUGGUGGCCUUUCUCAACAUGUUCACCAACAAACAGCUGGAGCUACCCAGGGGCUGGGAGAUGAAGCACGACCAGUCCGGCAAGGUCUGGACCACAGUGUGUGUGUAGGGUGUGUGUGUGUGUGUGUGGGAAUGUUUUAGUUUAUGUGCAAUGACACGUGAAUAUACAGUGCAUUUGGAAAGUAUUCAGACCCCUUGACUUUUUCCACAUUUUGUUAUGUCACAGCCUUAUUCUAAAAUGGAUUACAUUUUAAAAAAUCCUCAUCAAUCUACACACAAUACCCCAUAAUGACGAAGCAAAAACUGGUUUUUAGAUUUUUUUGCAAAUUUAUAAAAAAUAAAAAACAGAAAUACCUUAUUUACAUAAGUAUUCAGACCCUUUGCUAUGAGACUCGAAAUUGAGCUCAGGUGCAUCCUGUUUCCAUUGAUCCUCCUUGAGAUGUUUCUACAACUUGAUUGGAGUCUGCCUGUGGUAAAUUCAAUUGAUUGGACAUGAUUUGGAAAGGCAAACACUUGUCUAUAUAAGGUCCCACAGUUGACAGUGCAUGUCAGAGCAAAAACCCAGCCAAGUCGAAGGAAUUGUCUGUAGAGCGAGACAGGAUUGUGUUGAGGUUCAGAUCUGGGGAAGGGUACCAAAACAGUUCUGCAGCAUUGAAAGUCCCAAAGAACACAGUGGCCUCCAUCAUUUUUAAAUGGAAGAAGUUUGGAACCACCAUGACUCUUCCUAGAGCUGGCCGCCCGGCCAAACUGAGCAUUCGAGGGAGAAGGGCCUUGGUCAAAGUUCCUCUGUGGAGAUAGGAGAACCUUCCAGAAAGACAACCAUCUCUGCAGCACUCCACCAAUCAGGCUUUUAUGGUAGUGGCCAGAUGGAAGCCACACCUCAGUAAAAGGCACAUGACAGCUGUAAGGCUGUAACGUAACAAAAUGUGGAAAAAGUCAAUUGGUCUGAAUACUUUCUGCAUAUACUGUAGUUUCUUUAUCUAUCUUACUGUACGUGGCUGGCUGUGUGUCUUCACAGCCCUUCUUUGUGGAUCACAACUGUCGCUCCACAACCUUCAUCGACCCGCGGCUCCCCCUCCAGAGUGCACGCUCCACUGGCCUGCUGGCCCACCGCCAGCACCUCAGCCGCCAACGCAGCCACAGCGCAGGCGAGGUGAGAGACUACUGCUGCAUUCACACAGGCCACUUGACAGACCGGACUGCAUGACGGCAUGCUAACUAGUGGACUACCCUACAUGUGGCUUGGCGGUUUGCCUGGCUCGGUUGAAUUCAUAUAGCUGGUUUGAAGAACAUGCCAACUAACAUCCAAAAUAGAAAAUACCGCUGCAGUGGAUGAUGUCCGUCGGCCUCAUCAGAAUUUGCCAUCAUUGUCUCGAUGAAAAUAUUACAUCUGGUUUCAUAUUGCCGUAAUAAGUUGCCUAUGUGAACGCAGCAAACUGCUGUACUACUGCACCACUAAUGCAGGCUUGAGAUCAGCUCUAAAUCUAGUCUAUUACACCCACUGCACCACUGACACACUGGAAUUCUGACCUGUGAUCAUCACUAAGACUUUAGAUUUAGCUGUUUUAACAAGACCAAUAUCAAUGACUUAGCAAUGACCCAAGCCCAGCUCAGCUAAUCCCUACCAUUGUGACGCAGAGUUGUCAAAAUGCUUUAGCAAAUGUACAUUACACCAGCGGCCUCGGUAGACACAAUGUGGGUAACCUGGUUUGUGUCCCUCUAGCUGCCCUGGGUGCCUCUGCUGACCCUGCAGCUGUUGUGUGCAGUGAUCAUGUGCCUAGGAACCAGAUUUAUACUGUUAGCACUGAGCCGGUGUGCCCAAGGAGGCAGUCCACUGUGUGCAGCUCACCCAGCACUAAAAUAAAGAACAUGAGCACAUCUACUGCUGCUAAGCUUCCCAAUAAAGCUAUAAAAACAAAUAAGCAUCCCAGAAGAAAAGUGCUCAAAAUAGCCCACGUUAACAUAUGUAGCUCAAGAAACAAGGUUAAUGAAAACAAUAAUUUGCUAGUAACAGAUGACAUUCAUAUUCUGACUAUCUCUGAAACUCACUUAGAUAAUACCUUUGAUGAUACAGUGGUAGCAAUACAAAGUUAUAACAUUUACAGAAAAUAUAGAAAUACCAAUGGUGGAGGUGUUGCUGUUUAUAUUCAGAACCACAUUCCUGUGAAGAUUAGAGAGGAUCUCAUGUUAAAUACUGUUGAAGUUAUAUGGCUACAGGUUAAUCUGCCUCACCUAAAGCCAAGUGCUAACAGUCAGUAUCUGGAUAACGUGUGAAAUGCUUGAUAAUUUGUAAGUCGCUCUGGAUAAGAGCGUCUGCUAAAUGACUUAAAUGUAAAUGUAAAAAUAAUGUAUGUGAUAUCAAUAGAGAGGUAUACUUUCUGUGUGAUUUAAAUAUUGACUGGCUUUCAUCAGGCUGCCCACUCAAGAGAGCUUCAAACUGUAACCAGUGCCUGCAACCUGGUUCAGGUUAUCAGUCAACCUACCAGGGUGGUUACAAACAGUACAGGAAUGAAAUCAUUAACAUGUAUUGAUCAUAUCUUUACUAAUGCUGCAGAGAUUUGUUUGAAAGCAGUAUCCAAAUCCAUUCGAUGUAGUGAUCACAAUAUAGUAGCCAUAUCUGGGAAAACCAAAGUUACAAAGGCUGGGCCUAAUAUUGUGUAUAAGAGGUCAUAAAAUACGUUUUAUAGUGAUUCCUAUGUUGUUGAUGUAAAGAAUAUAUGUUGGUCCGUGGUGUGUAAUGAGGCGCAAACAGACACUUUACACAUUUAUAAAAUUGCUUAUUCCAGUUACUAAUAAGCAUGCACCCAUUAAGAAAAUGACUGUAAAAACUGUUACAGCCCUGUGGAUUGAUGAGGAAUUGAAAAGUUGUAUGGUUAAGAGGGAUGAGGCAAAAGGAAUGGCAAAUAAGUCUGGCUGCACAACCAAUUGGCAAACGCAUUGCAAAUUGAGAAAUCAUGUGACUAAACUGAAUAAAAAGAAGAACAACACUAUGAAACAAGGAUAAAUGACAUAAAGAAUGAUAGUAAAAAGCUUUGGAGCACCUUAAAUGAAAUUUUGGGGAAAAAGGCAAACUCAGCUCCAUCAUUCAUUGAAUCAGAUGGCUCAUUCAUCACAAAACCAACUGAAAUUGCCAACUACUUUAAUAUUUUUUUAUUUGGCAAGAUUAGCAAACAUAGGCAUGACAUGCCAGCAACAAUUGCUGACACUACACAUCCAAGUAUAUCUGACCAAAUUAUGAAAGACAUGCAUUGUAAUUUUGAAUUCCAUAAAGUGAGUGUGGAAGAGAUGAAAAAUUGAUUGUUGUCAAUUAACAAUGACAAGCCACCGGGGUCUGACAACUUAGAUGGAAAAUUGCUGAGGAUAAUAACGGACGAUAUUGCCACUCCUGUUUGCCAUAUUUUCAAUUUAAGCCUACUAGAAUGUACAGUGAGGGAAAAAAGUAUUUGAUCCCCUGCUGAUUUUGUACGUUUGCCCACUGACAAAGAAAUGAUUACUCUAUAAUUUUAAUGGUAGGUUUAUUUGAACAGUGAGAGACAGAAUAACAACAAAAUAAUCCAGAAUAACGCAUGUCAAAAAUGUUAUAAAUUGAUUUGCAUUUUAAUGAGGGAAAUAAGUAUUUGACCCCCUCUCAAUCAGAAAGAUUUCUGGCUCCCAGGUGUCUUUUAUACAGGUAACGAGCUGAGAUUAUGAGCACACUCUUAAAGGGAGUGCUCCUAAUCUCAGUUUGUUACCUGUAUAAAAGACACCUGUCCACAGAAGCAAUCAAUCAAUCAGAUUCCAAACUCUCCACCAUGGCCAAGACCAAAGAGCUCUCCAAGGAUGUCAGGGACAAGAUUGUAGACCUACACAAGGCUGGAAUGGGCUACAAGACCAUCGCCAAGCAGCUUGGCGAGAAGGUGACAACAGUUGGUGCGAUUAUUUGCAAAUGGAAGGAACACAAAAUAACUGUCUAUCUCCCUCGGCAUGGGGCUCCAUGCAAUAUCUCACCUCGUGGAGUUGUAAUGAUCAUGAGAACAGUGAGGAAUCAGCCCAGAACUACACAGGAGGAUCUUGUCAAUGAUCUCAAGGCAGCUGGGACCAUAGUCACCAAGAAAACAAUUGGUAACACACUACACUGUGAAGGACUGAAAUCCUGCAGCGCCCGCAAGGUCCCCCUGCUCAAGAAAGCACAUAUACAGGCCCGUCUGAAGUUUGCCAAUGAACAUCUGAAUGAUUCAGAGGAGAGCUGGGUGAAAGUGUUGUGGUCAGAUGCGACCAAAAUCUCACCGUGUUUGGAGGAGGAGUAAUGCUGCCUAUGACCCCAAGAACACCAUCCCCACCGUCAAACAUGGAGGUGGAAACAUUAUGCUUUGGGGGUGUUUUUCUGCUAAGGGGACAGGACAACUUCACCGCAUCAAAGGGACGAUGGACAGGGCCAUGUACCGUCAAAUCUUGGGUGUGAACCUCCUUCCCUCAGCCAGGGCAUUGAAAAUGGGUCUUGGAUGAGUAUUCCAGCAUGACAAUGACCCAAAACACACGGCCAAGGCAACAAAGGAGUGGCUCAAGAAGAAGCACAUUAAGGUCCUGGAGUGGCCUAGCCAGUCUCCAGACCUUAAUCCCAUAGAAAAUCUGUGGAGGGAGCUGAAGGUUCGAGUUGCCAAACGUCAGCCUCGAAACCUUAAUGACUUGGAGAAGAUCUGCAAAGAGGAGUGGGACAAAAUCCCUCCUGUGAUGUGUGCAAACCUGGUGGCCAACUAGAAGAAACGUCUGACCUCUGUGAUUGCCAACUAGGGUUUUGCCACCAAGUACUAAGUCAUGUUUUGCAGAGGGGUCAAAUACUUAUUUCCCUCAUUAAAAUGCAAAUCAAUUUAUAAAAUUUUUGACAUGCGUUUUUCUGGAUUUUUUUGUUGUUAUUCUGUCUCUCACUGUUCAAAUAAACCUACCAUUAAAAUUAUAGACUGAUCAUUUCUUUGUCAGUGGGCAAACGUACAAAAUCAGCAGGGGAUCAAAUACUUUUUUCCCUCACUGUAUGUGCCCCCAGGUUUGGAGGGAAGCAAAAGUCAUUCCGCUACCUAAGAAUGCCCCUUUACUGGCUCAAAUAGCCGACCAAUAUACUAAAUACCAACCCUUAGUAAACUAUUGGAAAAAAUGGUGUUUGACCAGAUACAAUGCUAUUUUACUGUAAACAAAUUGCCAACAAACUUUCAGCAUGCUUAUAGAGAAGGACAUUCAACAAGCACAGCACUUACACAAAUUACUGAUGAUUGGCUGAGAGAAAUUGAUAAUAAAAAUAUUAUGGGGGCUGUUUUGUCAGACUUCUGUGUGGCUAUUGACAUUAUCAAUCAUAGUCUGCUGCUGGAAAAACGUAUGUGUUAUGGCUUUACACCCCCUGCUAUAAUGUGGAUAAAGAGUUACUUGUCUAACAGAAUACAGAGGGUGUUCUUUAAUGGAAGCCUCUCCAACAUAAUCCAGGUAGAAUCAGGAAUUCCCCAGGGCAGCUGUCUAGGCCCCUUGCUUUUUUCCAUCUUUACUAACGACAUGCCACUGGCUUUGAGUAAAGCUGGUGUGUCUAUGUAUGCGGAUGUCUCAACACUAUACACGUCAGCUACUACAGCAACUGAAAUAACUGCCACGCUAACAAAGACUUGCAGUUAGUUUCGGAAUGGGUGGCAAGGAAUAAGUUAGUCCUGAAUAUUUCUAAAAGCACUGUAUUUGGGUCAAAUCAUUCACUAAACCCUAAACCUCAACUACAUCUUGUAAUGAAUAAUGUGGAAAUUGAGCAAGUUGAGGAGACUAAACUGCAUGGAGUAACCCUGGAUUGUAGACUGUCAUGGUCAAAGCAUAUUGAUACAACAGUAGCUAAGAUGGGGGAGAAGUAUGUCCAUACUUAAGCGCUGCUCUGCCUUUUUAGAAACACUAUCAAAAAGGCAGGUUCUACAGGCCCUAGUUUUGUCGCACCUAGACUACUGUUCAGUAGUGUGGUCAGGUGCCACAAAGAGGGACUUGGGAAAAUUGCAGUUGGCUCAGAACAGGGCAGCACAGCUGGCCCUUAAAAGUACACGGAGAGCUAACAUUAAUGACAUGCAUGUCAGUCUCUCCUGGCUCAGAGUGGAAGAGAGAGAGACUUCAUCACUGCUUGUUUUUGUAAGAGGUGUUGACAAGCUGAAUGUAUCAAGCUGUCUGUUUAAACUACUAUCACACAGCUCGGAAACCCAUGCAUACCCCACAAGACAUGCCACCAGAGGUCUCUUCACAGUCCCCAAGUCCAGAACUAUGGGAGGCGCACAGUACUACAUAGAGCCAUGACUACAUGGAACUUUAUUCCACCUUAUGGAACAACGGGGACUGUGAAGAGACACACACACAAGGGUAUAGACACAUGCAUACGCACACAUUGUGAUAUUGUUGUAUGGUGGUAUUCAACAUUUUGUAUUGUAGAUGGGUAGUGGUGUAAUAAUGUCAUAUGAUGUACUGUUUUAUAUUUUGUUUUAUAUGUAAUGUAAGUGCUUUAAUAUGUUUCGACCCCAGGAAGAGUAGCUGCUGCCUUGGCAGCAGCUAAUGGGGAUCCCUAAUAAAUACAAAUAUAAAUCAUAAUGCUUAUAGCAAGAAAAAGAUUGAAAGGGUUCCUAAAAUGGGUGUAGGUUGUACAGUUUUCAAUAGAAACAAUGACAAUGCUGGGUUUAUGGCUGGGAGUUCCCUGAUUGUGUCAAUUGAUAGCAGCAGUGGGAUCCGUACUGACUCAGUGUCCCCUUGCAGGUGGUAGAUAACACACGACACUCCAGCCCACCUGUCAUGCCCCGCCCCUCCAGCACCUUCAGUGGGUCCACUCGCAAUCAAUACCAGGACCUGGUGCCUGUGGGUGAGUACACACACACACACGCACGUACGCACGCCAGUUAGCCUAGCAGUUAGUGUUGGGCCAGUAACCGAAAGGUUGCUAGUUCAACUCCUUGUGCAGACAAGGUGAAAAUUCUGUCCAUCUGCCCUUGAGCAAGGCACUUAACCGUAAUUGCUCCACUUAAAGCUACUAUAUGUAGCUUUUUGGGUCAACCCGACCAAAUUCACAUAGAAACGUGAGUUCUAGAUCUUUCAUUCCCAUUGAAAGCAAGUCUAAGAAGCGGUAGAUCUGUUCUAUGUGUGCUAUUUCUAUGCUUCCCGUUCUGAAGUUUUGUUUUUGCGUCUUUUACUUUCGGUUUUGUACACCAGCUUCAAACAGCUGAAUAUACAAUAUUUUGGUUAUGGAAAAUAUAUUUCACAGCGGUUUAGAUGGUACAAUGAUUCUCUACACAGUGACUGCUUGUUUUAUCACAAGACUGAAAUUAGGCUAUUUAUUAGAAUUUUAGCAACCCUGAAAUGGUGGAGCGAUUUCUGCAUAGUGCAUCUGUAACCCUAAUUGCUCCAGGGGUCCCUGGCCACAACUCCACUCUGAGGGGGUCUCAAGGGGAGUUGGGAUAUGCAAAAAACAUGUCAAUUUCACACCUCAAACUCAUACAGGUUACCCACUUGUACAUGCAGGGAAACAGGAAAAAUAUAAGCACCCCCUAUUAAACCUUUUUACACACACACACACACACACACACACACACACACACACACACACACACACACACACACGCACGCUAUAUACAGUGCUCACUUAUGCACUAAUAGACACAGUAAUGUUGAUUACUAACAUGGGUCUCUCCCCAGCCUACAAUGACAAGAUUGUGGCGUUUCUACGGCAACCCAACAUCAUUGAGAUCCUGCAGGAGAGGCAACCAGAGCUUGUCAGGAACCACUCACUCAAGUAGGUCACCCCAAUCACCAUGGGAACCCUUUAAUCAGAUAUUUAACCCUUAAUCUUAACCCUCUAAACAUAUUAUGAUUAUGCCAAACAGCAGUAUCACGAAUGUUAACGUGUGUGUGUGUGUGUGUGUGUGUGUGUGUGUGUGUUUGUCUGCAGGGAAAGGUUACAGUUCAUUCGCAGCGAGGGCGUUUCUGGGCUUGCUCGUCUCUCUAGCGAUGCUGAUCUAGUAAUUUUGCUCAGGUGGGACCUUUGUAUUUGUCUUUAUGUGUUAAUGUCUGUUUGUGAUUGGUGUAUGUUUGUGUGUGCGAGAAGGUAUUGAGUGUGUGUGUGUGAGAGAGAUCAUUUAAGCACUCCUCUCUCCCUUAGCCUGUUUGAAGAGGAGGUGAUGUCCUAUGUGCCACCUGCUGCCUUACUGCACCCCAGCUACUGCUCCUCCCCUCAAAGCUCCCCUGGUGAGACCACACACAUGCAUGCACGCACACGCACACACACACACAUAUAUUUUCUCCUCUCAUUUUCUCCUCAUGCCCUUCUUCUUCCCUUAGUCUUGCUUCUAAUCGAAACUAUCCAUCCAAAGCAGGGCAAGAUAAUGAGAUAAAGCCUUGAGCCGUAAAAGUUGCUUAGCGCUCUCAAUUAGUGAAGUUUAGUGUUUUUUCUAAACCAAUUCUAUGCUAAUGUUGGUUGUAAUAAUAAGAUACAAUUACGAUAUUCUGAGGAACUUAUCAUGUAUUUUUUGUCUAUUUUUCAUACUUCUCUCCCUCCUCCCUGCUCUUCCUCCUUCUUCCGCCCCUCUCUCAGGUACUCAGAGAGCUAAUGCACGUGCCCCUGCCCCGUACAAACGUGACUUUGAGGCCAAACUGAGAAACUUCUAUCGCAAGCUGGAGACGAAGGGCUAUGGCCAGGGACCUGGGAAAGUCAAGUGAGUACUUGAUGACGUCAUUCAAUAGGUUGAGAGAACCGCUAAAUAUCAGCAGUAUUCUGACAUGGAAUCACUGGUCACUUUAAUAAUGAAACACUAGUCACUUUAAUAACGUUUACAUACUGCUUUACUCAUUUCAUAUGUAUAUACUGUAUUAUAUUCUACAGUAUUUUAGUCAAUGCCCCUCCGACAUUGCUCGCCCUAAUAUUUAUAUAUUUCUUAAUUAAUUAUUUUACUUUUAGAUUUGUGUGUAUUGUUGUGAAUUGUUAGGGACUACUGCACUGUUGGAGCUAGGAACGAAAGCAUUUCGCUACACCCGCAAUAACAUCUGCUAAAUAUGUGUAUGUGACCAAUACAAUUUGAUUUGAUUUGUUCAAUCCUAAACUGGGUUUGUGUGUGUGUUGUGCCUGCAUGCAUUCAUAACUAUAUCUGGGUGUUUUUCCUUCUUCCAGAUUAAUCGUUCGUAGAGAUCACCUAUUGGAGGAUGCCUUCAAUCAGAUCAUGUGCUACUCCCGCAAAGACCUGCAGAGGAGUAAGCUCUAUGUCAGCUUUGUGGGCGAGGAAGGGUGAGUGUUGCCUUUUGGGGUUUAGCUCUUUCAUAUAUGCUACACAUUACCUUAAAAGUUUGCUAAUUUGCAUCGGCUGUUAUGUUGUGUCUCUACAUUGUUUAUUUUCCAUAAUUUCAAUACAUGAUUUACAAAAUGUGUGUGUGUUAUAGGCUGGACUACAGCGGCCCUUCAAGGGAGUUCUUCUUCUUGGUGUCAAGGGAGUUGUUUAACCCUUACUACGGCCUGUUUGAGUACUCGGCCAAUGACACCUACACUGUGCAGAUCAGCCCCAUGUCUGCCUUCGUCGACAACCAUCACGAGUGGUGAGUGACGAGUACAUUACCAUUAUGGUUAGGCGGAUGGAUGGAUGGAUGGAAGGAUGGACGGGCGGGCGGGCGUGUGGUCGGAUUUAUGAAGACAGACAGACAUGCUGGACAGACAUACUGUAGAUAAAAUAAGGAACAAAGACGCAGAUAGACCUAUAAUAACAUCUGACUUGUCAUCAUGUACUGUACAUACUGUACUGUAUUACACCUAGCAAUGUUGCUCUGUGUUCCAGGUUUCGUUUCAGUGGGCGUAUCCUGGGCCUUGCUCUGAUCCACCAGUAUCUGUUGGAUGCCUUCUUUACCCGCCCGUUCUACAAGGGCCUGCUGCGGAUGUAAGUGUCUCAAUCAGGUCCUCUUAGCUAGCAAACGGCUAGGGCUCCUAUCACCAUGAACACCGCAUUGUUAUAGGUUUGACAAUGCAACCACCCUGGCAAAUUGCCAGUUAUGCUUUAGCGUAAAAUAUAUUAUAUGAAAAAUACACACCUCAGAAUUUUUUAGGUAGUAACUACUGAACUGGAAGAAGCUGAACAGACAGGAGUUGGUUAGAUUGAUUUGACUUUAGUUAUUCAGUUACCAUGCUUUCAUUAUGUGGUUGAUAUACACUCUGGAAAACAACAAGCUAAAUUACUAAAAUGUCAAUAUAAGGCUUAGAGUUAUGAGUUAAAUUUUUCGCCUCUCGUUGACCUUUGACCCCUACAGCCCGUGUGACCUGAGUGACCUGGAGUUCCUGGACGAGGAGUUCCACCAAAGUUUACAGUGGAUGAAGGACAACGACAUCGAGGACAUGCUGGACCUCACCUUCACCGUCAACGAGGAGGUCUUCGGACAGGUGUGUGUGCAUGCUUGUGUUUUGAAUAAUUAAUGUAUUGUAUGUAUCUUCAAUCGUUUUAGACUACAUACACUACCCUCCAUUUGAUAUUUAACUGCUUGUUGCAAUGUGUUGUACUUGGGGGUAAAUCCUGACUUUACUUAGUCAUUAAUUGAUGUCAAUGGUAAGGUAGGAUUCACCCUAUAUUGUGUUUCUAUCUUUACGGCCCUAUAGAUCACAGAGAGAGAGCUGAAGCCAGGCGGGGCAGGUAUUCCAGUGUCAGAGAAGAAUAAGAAGGAGUACAUAGAGCGCAUGGUUAAGUGGCGCAUCGAAAGGGGCGUGGCUCAGCAGACUGAGAGCCUGGUGCGAGGCUUCUAUGAGGUAGGGCCCUGUGUUUUGCGCAAUCAUGUGACAUAGCAAGAUUUUAUCCUGUAUUUUAAGCCUUAUCCAGAAAUGAGAAUUACAGCAAAAAUUAAAGUAAUUGUCUGAGGAUGGUGCUGGAACAUCUGACAAAAAAAGAAAAGGGGACAGUUUGAUGAAAAAGCUUUAAAUAAAGGUUAAAAUCCAGGUCAUGUGACAUGGUUGCACAAAACACAGGACCCUAUGACAUCACACACAUCAUCGAUAAUGGUCCAUCAUUGUGAUAUGUAUUGGUCAAGUGGCAUUGUGUCUGCAUAAUGAUGCAGAGCUACGUUGUGAUACAGUAUGUAUUGGUCAGGUAUUGUGUAAUAGAUAAUGAUGCAGCAAGUGGUAAUUUAUCUGAAAUAGAUAUGAUGAAAUAGAAAGUCAUGCAUGCCAUUAACAAUUAAUGUGGUUACUCCUAAUGUAUUAGAAGUGAAUUAGUAUUGUGAUAUGUACUGGCCAGGUGGUAUUGUCUCUGUAAUAGUAAAUGUAUCAGAAUUGUGACAUGUAUUGGUCAGGUGGUGGACGUGCGGCUGGUGUCUGUGUUUGAUGCCCGGGAGCUGGAGCUGGUGAUCGCUGGCACUGCAGAGAUCGACCUGGCAGACUGGAGGAACAACACAGAGUACAGAGGAGGUAGAGACAGGGGAGCAGUGGGGGGCAGUCUUAACCUUGGAGAGUCAGAUGGUGUGGGGGCACGCUUUUUCAGCCAAGUAGUGAUGCCCCUGAUUAUAUUAAUCUUGGUCUUUAAAGAUUAGAUCAUGACUUUGAUUGGUGGAAUCAGGUGUUACUGCUUGGCUCCGCACAACUCAGGGGCAGCACUUUUGUUACAGAUUGUGCUUUUAAGAAAAGCAGGCUUAUUUUGGUCUACGGCUGAUAGGUACACCUUUCAUAUUUCUCCCCAGGUUACCAUGACAACCACAUAGUAAUCCGCUGGUUCUGGGCAGCAGUGGAGAGGUUCAACAAUGAGCAGAGACUCAGACUGCUGCAGGUACUACUUUUCAGGGGACACUCCAAUAGAGUUUGAUACUGACGAAAGGUCUUAACUUAACUUCGCCAACUCUUUGUUUGUCAGCCCUGUUGCUACUGGUAUUUAUCUGGUAUUGAAUGUGAUAUUACUUGGUAACAAUUGGAACAUCCUGGUACAAUUAAUCCCCUAGUGACCGAUAAAUAAUUUCUGGGCAAUAAUGACAUAAUUGCCCUGUUAACAUGUAGUUUCUAAGCGAAUAUCUGGUCAUUAGGGGCUGUAAAAUAAAAUGUUACCUAAACGGGGAUUGUUAAGAUUGUGUAUGUCUCCUUAGUUUGUGACAGGCACCUCCAGUAUUCCCUAUGAGGGCUUUGCCUCCCUCAGAGGUAGCAAUGGACCACGCAGGUUCUGUGUGGAGAAGUGGGGCAAAAUCACCUCCUUACCCAGGUAUAGUACACCUCUCUGUCUGUCCGUUCGUCCGUCUGUCCAUGUUUGACUACCUGUCUGUGUGAGCUAUUCUUAUUUUUCUGUAUGUUUGUGCAUAUGUGAUGUGUGCACAUAUCAAUUAGUGUGUAUGCAGUGUGUGUAUAUUAUGUGCAUCUGUCAGUGUACUCCUCUCACUAUCAGUCUGCCUCUCUACAGGGCUCACACAUGCUUUAACCGUCUGGACCUCCCGCCGUACCCUUCGUUCUCCAUGCUCUACGAGAAGAUGCUGACGGCCGUGGAGGAAACCAGCACCUUUGGCCUGGAGUAACCUCUCCAAAAUGGCUGCCACAGCCAGGGGUCGAAUUGGGAAAGAACAAUGGUGAAGAGGAAAUCCCGCCACCUUAGCUUGCGGCGAGACAGUACUCACAGUACACAAUGGAAACUGAAUAGACUAGAUCUAUCAGAAAUUAUCAUUUUGGAGAAGCAACAACUUUUGGGGACAAUUUCACCACCAAGACAAUCC